GUGACGUAAUGACGCGGUGACGCUGUUGUCUUUGAAAUGGCGCUGAUGCAUUUAUUCUCGCCGUUAUUUAUUAUUUUGGACGCUUAAGGUUUAAUUUGAUUGUCUUUAUAGAUUUCUCGAGAGUUAAUAAAUCAAAGUUUCAUUGAAUCGCCAAUUUAAACUUGCAAUGAGCAUGUGGCGUUUAAAAUAGCUAAUAAGUACAUAUCAGGGCCGCUACUUCCCCGGGCUUGCGUAGGGAUUACAUCGGCUUUAGCAGCGCUGCUGCUUCAGCUAACGCUAACUCGGGUUUUUUUUAUGUAUAUGGACCAUGAAGAUUGCUCAUAAGCAUUAGAUUCUUAUCUGACUUCAACCACCAGUCUAGUGCUGGUCAUUUACAACAACAAAGCGGUAUAAAACUCAUCCAGUAUGGCAUCUGUACCAGUUUACUGCCUUUGUCGUUUGCCGUAUGAUGUGACACGCUUUAUGAUUGAGUGUGAUAUUUGCCAAGACUGGUUUCAUGGAAGCUGUGUUGGAGUUGAAGAGGAAAACGCUGCAGAGAUCGACCUGUAUCAUUGUCCAAAUUGUCAAGUUAUACAUGGACCCUCUGUCAUGCGUAAACGCCGUGGAGGAAAUAAGCAGUCAGAUACAGGUGCUGUGGGGGUCAGAGAUCCAAGUCGACCUGUGAAAACGGGCAGUGCUCAGUUUGUCAGAGAGCUACGGAGCCGUACCUUUCCAAAUGCGGAUGAGGUCUUACUGAAACCCACUGGUGCCCAGCUCACAGUGGAAUUUCUUGAAGAGCACUCGUUUAGUGUUCCUGUUAUGGUGCUUCGAAGGGAUGGUCUUGGAAUGACUUUGCCUCCAUCUUCAUUUACAGUUGGCGAUGUAGAAAACUACAUAGGGUCAGACAAAGAGAUUGAUGUGAUUGAUGUGGCUCGUCAGUGUGAUUUGAAGAUGCGUUUAGGAGACUUUGUUGAGUAUUACAACAGCCCCAAUAGAGACAAAGUACUUAAUGUGAUUAGCUUGGAGUUCUCUGAAACCAGACUUUCAAAUUUGGUGGAGACUCCAAAGAUUGUAAGAAAACUGUCAUGGGUUGAAAACCUCUGGCCAGAGGAGUCUGUAUUUGAACGGCCUAAUGUACAAAAGUACUGCUUAAUGGGAGUCAAGGACAGCUACACAGACUUUCACAUUGACUUUGGAGGCACCUCUGUGUGGUACCAUGUUCUUCGAGGUGAAAAAAUCUUUUACCUCAUCUCCCCCACACCGGCCAACCUGGCACUUUUUGAGAGAUGGAGCUCUUCUUCUAAUCAGAAUGAAAUGUUCUUUGGAGAUCAGGUUGAUAUGUGUUACAAAUGCUCACUUAAACAAGGGAACACAUUAUUUAUUCCAACAGGGUGGAUCCAUGCUGUCCUUACUCCUGUGGACUGUCUGGCUUUUGGAGGAAACUUUUUGCAUAGCCUCAACAUUGACAUGCAGCUACGAGCAUAUGAAAUAGAGAAAAGGUUGAGCACAGCAGAACUAUUCAAGUUUCCCAAUUUUGAAACUGUAUGCUGGUAUGUUGGAAAACACCUUUUGGACACUUUUAGAGGUUUAAGAGAGAAUCGCAGGCACCCUGCUUCUUACCUUGUUCAUGGGGCUAAAGCAUUAAACAAUGCUUUCCGCAGCUGGACCCGCAAAGAGGCAUUAACAGAGCAUGAAAUGGAGAUUCCAGAAAACAUCAAUACUCAGUUGCUGGUAAAGGACCUGGCAAAGGAAAUCCGUCUGGUUGAGGACAUCUUUCAGCAAAACAUUGGUCGCACAGGGCCUCAAUAUCCUGGAUCACCACUUACGAAAGCUCCCCUUGCUACAUCCCAGAAUUCGGGGCGCCCCCCUGGAAAGAAGAAGGGUCCCAAACCAAAAGACGUUCUGGGUUCUCUAGCACAAGCAGGAGUCAAGAAAAAGGCUCAGAAAGGAGCCAUGAAGGUGGAGCCAGGAGAACUUGACCUCCUUGAGAUUCAUACAAAGCACACAUUGAAGAAAUUUCAACCUGGCAAAUGUAAAGGCAAAAACAAGUUUGAGCUGCCAUUGGAUGAUUUUGAAGAAAAAUUUAAUAAAAGCAAAUUAAAACUUGUGUUAACCAAUGGAAAAAUCCAAGGAAAGAAAGAUAGUAGUAGCAAUGGAGCAGGAUCAGCCACUAGCUAUCAACAGCUUGAGAUGGACGGAUCCAGUGCCUCUGACUUUGAGUCUGAGGAUGAACUGCAAAUUGAUGAGACGCCCCCUCCAAAACGCAAGCAAGCAGCAUCCAGCAAGAAGAAGAAACUGAGUGGUCUUCCAAGAAAGCUGCCUAGAGCAAAACCUUGCUCUGAUCCCAAUCGAAUCAGAGAGCCAGGAGAGGUUGACUUUGAUAUUGAAGAGGAUUAUACGACAGAUGAAGAGACCCUAGCAGCCCAUGGAGUGAAGGGAGGUGCAGGAGGGAUUCUUGACUUACUCAAGGCCAGUAAACAGGUGGCAGGCUUUGACCCAGCACUCAGUGAGGAAGCCCCAGCCUCCCCCAGCACCCGUGAUGCUAUUCAAGGCAUGCUCUCCAUGGCCAAUCCUCCCUCAUCAUCAUCUUCGUCAUCCUCGUCGUCACCUUUAUCCAUUUCUGGAGGGUUGACAGAGGGACUGGGUGUGGUGAAGGACAAAGGCGGCAAAGCUGUGUGGGUGACAGCUGCAGGGGUCAAAAAGCCAGAGAAGAAACCCAUCAUUCAGAGACCUGGAAAACGGCCCAUCAAACGGCCAGCACGUCACCUGAGUGAUGAAGAGAGUCCUGAUGAACAAGAGACACUUGGAACCUGUUUUAAAGAUUCUGACUAUGUUUACCCCUCUUUGGAAUCGGAUGAAGAUGAUCAUGCAAGUAGAGCCAAAAUGAAAAGAAAGAAAAAUUGGGAUGAUACACCUUGGAGUCCGAAGGCAAGAGUGAUGCCCACACUUCCAAAACAGGAACGACCAGCCAGGGAGGGGGCAAGGGUUGCAUCUGUAGAAACUGGUCUUGCAGCAGCUGCUGCAAAAUUGGCUCAACAGGAGCAGCAAAAGCCUGCAAAAAGAAAGUACACCAAAAAGCCACGUCCACCACCUGUAGCUUCUCCUCCCCCCGUGCAGACUGAGCCCUCUGCACCAUCACCACCACCUCCUAACGAAUCCCCUGGAGACUUUAGCCCGGACCGGAGAAUGGAUUACUACUCUGCCAGUCUGCUAGACCAUGAAUACACAGCGGGGCCGGGACCUUUUGGCCCUGGAGGACCACGAGGCAGUGGCGCGAUGGCUCCUGGUGUAUUCCUCACCUCUCGGCGUCCUUCUCUUUCUCCACAAAACACCAAUUCUCAUUCGGCUGCAUCGCCUGCAGCAUUAGCCAGCCAGGGCGUUGCUGGAGUUGGCCAAGGAAAACGCCCAAAGAAGGGACUUGCAACAGCUAAACAGAGACUUGGAAAAAUUCUCAAAAUUCACCGCAAUGGCAAGCUUCUCCUAUGAGAGAAAUCAUUUUUGUUAAAGGAAAUUUAAGAACUCAUUUAUAUUUUGUACUUAGAAGUAGUGUUUACACUUGCAUCUUGGUAUGUAUUUUGCAAUUGUCACUAAAGUUAUUGUCACUUUGAGCUAACUUUUUAAAAUGUUGGGUAUUCCACUCAUUAAUUAUCAUCGUCAUUAGCAUUUGGAUAACAUUCUUUUAACUCUCAACAUCAAGCAGAUCUGUGCUCAACAGUACCCUAACUAGUUCUGGUCACUAACAGUAAUAACAGUAGUGUGCUCUCCCACCCCUGUUGUAGGCCUCAAGGUUUUUUGCAAAAUUGUGCUAAAAUAAAUACAUAUUUAAGGAUGGAUUAUAACUAACAACAUCUUAAAGGAAACGUAUACAAAAUCAACUUUUAACUCUGCUGUAUCUGUAAAUUUGCCUUUUUAAGUAAUGUUAAUGUUCUCUGCCAUACCACCUAUACAGGCCCUGUGCUUGCCUCACUCUUUAAAUUUUAUAUUAAAUUGCAAUUUAUCUGUCAUACCAAAAAAAGUGUCUCCAGGUGGGGACUCUUCUGUAGCUGUUUAUUUUUAUGUUUUAUUUUAGCACACCUUGGCAAAAACCUCAUAGAAAUAUGAUGGGUUAAAUCAAGACUUAUUUUCAAGAUUCAUAUAGUUUUACUUGCUUCCUUUUAGUGUCUGUAACUAGCUUUUAAAGGGAUGUAAUUGUUUUAUAAAAAAUGUACAGCUUUCCACAUAUAUAGAUCUAAAUAUAUCUUACUGUAUUUUUUUUUCUUUACCUCAGAAAAUGAUGGUCUCAAGAAACAAAUCUUUCAGGACAUAAAUAGUUAGUAACAUGAUUUUGGAUAGUCUGCUGCAUCAAUUACCUUUUGUAUAACAUUUGUAUUGUUUGUAUCCUAAUACUCAUCUAUUUUCUUUGUAAAAA